AGUUUGAGAGGCACUGACGCAAGUGACAAAUUCCUUCUAAACAAGAAAGCGAUCGUUCAAUUGCGUCUUUGGCGACAGCUGUCAACUAGAACUUUCAAAAUAGAAGGAAUUCUUUUUAUGGUGCCCCGAGAAAAGUUAUUUAAAUGUCGAAAUUAGGAGGAGAAUUAGCAAAUUUACCGGAAUGUUGGUCGGACGAUACUCGAAUGGACGUGCUUUUCUCGCCCUUCCGACCCAGAAAGGUGAAUCCAGAGAACUACGACGGCAAACUCAAGUUCUGGAAGGACAUGAUCGUGCGAUUUUGCAAUGAAAAGGGUUCGCCUUGCGUCUGUCAACGAGAGUUGAAAUGGGCAUUUCGACGAAAGGACAAGUUGCCGUGCGCAGUAGAAACUGUAAUGGCCGAUCUAGUUGCUAGUAAGACGUUAAGACCGCAGUCAGACUUCAUAAACGACCCGCAAAAUACCUGGUCGGGGUGGCUGGUGAAUAGCUUCGUGAGGAAACCUCUGCAAUGGGGCUUGCCCAGGUUUCAAGCACCCACAGAACCGCAGGACGUUCAAUAUAUUCACUUGGAUGUGCUGAAAUCGCAGUCGAAGGACCUUAAAAAGAUUUUGGAGAAAUUUGCCGGCACCGUCGUCACUUUUGAUAAAAUUUCGGAAACUCAGGGAGUUGAGCUGAGCAAAGAAGGACUAUUUAUAAACCUUCUUAAUUUGCAGAGCAUGGAGAAAGUGUAUUUGGAAUUCAAAGUAGUGGACGGGCAGCGACGCAUCUAUCUAGUCAAAAUACCAGAAAAACACUCAGCUGCCACCCCAAUAACCGACGCGGACAAGGCAAUAUUUGCUUUAGAACAAACAGAGGCGGAUCUCUUGCAAACUAUGGAGGAAAUUGAAACAGAAGUCGUGAAAUUUGACCGACUGGCAAGGGAAAACGUAAGACAAGGGAAGAGAGUUGUAGCCAAGUCGUACUUGCGAAAGAAGCAUAAAUGGGAAAGCAAUUUAGAAAAACACAGCAAAGCUUUAGAUAACGUGCAAACUCUGCUUGCUCGCAUACAUGAUACUCGAGGCAACGAAUCGAUUUUGGAUGCCUACUCGAUAGGGUCGAAAACGCUGAAAUCCCUGCUUUCAAGUUCUAAAUUGAAUACAGACAGCAUCGAUGAAGUAGUGGACACAAUCAAGGAAACUCUAGAGAUACACGACGAAGUGGAACAAUCAAUCUCCUCUGUUCAGCCUAUGGACAAAGCUGAAGAGCAAGCUCUCGAACAGGAACUUCAAAAUCUGAUGCUCGAUAACGUGUCUGCUGCCAAUGACAAGGAAGACAUUAGCGUGAAGCCGGAGGAACUCCCUGCGGUGCCGACAAGUACUGUCCAGCUGCCUCCGCCCGAUCAGAUCACUGACCAAGAAUUGCUUAAACAUUUAGAAAGUUUACAAAUUGAAUUGGGUUCCCUUUCGAGUGAUAAUAUUGUGGAAGAUAAUAAGAUUUAAUGUGCUACUGGGGCGUGGAGUGAUUUUUAAUGAACAAUGAUUUAGAAUAAGUAAGAAAUUUUCUAUCGAAUAAAUUGACUAUUGAGAA